GCUGCCGACGCGCUGCGCUCAUCCCGCAACCCCCUCGCGGCGGUGCUCGGGCCGGGGGACGACCUGGGACAUCCUGGCACCCCCAGGCUCACGCGUCACUGCUGCUUUCCAGAAAUGGGCGUAGUAACAGUGCCUCGAGGGAGUUUUGGGGGGGGUCCACGGAGAAAAGGCCAGUGCGUGACUCCGGCCCGGGCCCGUGGGAAGCCCAGCCGGUGCGAGGUGGCUCUUUAGGGCUGGAGGGGACCUUUCCACCACGGAAUGCCUGGCGAGGGCCUUCACCCUCUGCCCCACCCCUGGACAGUCAGAGUAAGGCUUGGCCCAAGAAUGACAGAAACUAAGGGCGGGCCGGGCGGAGGGAUAAUAUGCGACCAGAGCCAAAGACCAGACUUCGGACGCCCAGGUGACUCGCAGUGCAGCGACCUUUAUUCGGCCUAGACCGUGCUUUUAGAAGUUGCCAAUAUUUAAAAAUCGACAGGUUUCAUGUUGUAAAAAAAUGUUUAGAGUUCCUCCUGAAAAAGCAGAUCUAGCCACACGGAGUUUUUUUUUUUUUCCAUCACAGCAUUUUGCACAACGUUCCUUAUUUAUGUUUUUCCUCUGCCUUGCUAAAACCCUCCUCCCUGGGCAGGAGCGCCCUCAUUUUUUCUGGGAUAGGAGCUUUGACAAGACUAUGAACCGCGUCUUUGGCCAAGUCUCUAUGGAAUAGGAGAAGUCCCCCCCGUGUCUCUACAUGUGGGAGGAAAAUAUCCCUUCCCUCUCCCACCUGUAAGCAGAGAAGGCCCAUCUGAGUGUCAGUGGCCGACCCACCCCUGUCCACCUGGGGGAUCUUAAACAUCUGGAUAACCAGGACCGCUCCUCUCUCCCCACCGCCCCACCGGGAAGAUUCAGGACAGGGUGGUGGCACUGUGAAUUUCCCAAAACCCUUGUGCAAUUCAGAUGUAGAGGGAGUUCUCCAGGGCAGGUGACUACAACCACAGGAGGGCAUUUUUGCUCUAACGAGAGAAGUGUGGGUAAUGGUGCUAAAUGUGGGUACUGUGCUAAAUGCUCAUACUCAGUCCGCCCCGGCUCCUGAGGUGGAGACAGUUAUCACCUCCUUUUUAUAGCUUCCUGGCUGGUGGCUACAGGCCAGGAUGCAAGCCCAGGCAAUCUUGCUCCGGCGCCAUCUACUUUUUGGUUUCUGGGUAUUUCACAGUGGGCUCUGGCCUGACGCCCAAUCCGGAACUGGGGAGAUGGGGGGACUCCUCAUUGGGGUGUUUUCUCACAUCUCGCUUCCAGGCCAAAGUGAGCAGUUCCGGGAGAGGAAGUUGAUUUCUCAGCACUGGCCCCACCACUUAAAAGACUUGUGACCCGGUUUGGGGAUGUCAUAAAAAUGUUAUAUUUUAGCAAUGAAUUCACAGCCUUUCCAUAACAUCACUGCAAACCCUCGCAGAGCUUGCAGACAACAGUGUGGUCUUGGCAAGAUCUUAGAGUUCACCAGGCCCACUAACUUAUAAUUAAGCAAUUAUUUUUCUAAUGGGGGAGGGGUCUCUUUAAAAGAUUAGUCCCUAAAGACUUUAUUGCACUUUUUAAAAUGUGAAUAACAUGCGACCAUUCUGUAUUUUGAGGGCCUACUGUAUCCUGGAAGGAUGCUCAUAUGUUCCUGUCUAACCUCUCAUUUCACAAAAAAGGCCAGUGUGUGCACCGCUCCCCAGCCAUGGCCCUGGCCAGCAUCAACGAGCUGCCCGAGAACAUCCUGCUGGAGGUAUUCACACACGUGCCGGCCCGCCAGCUGCUGCUCAGCUGCCGCCCCGUCUGCAGCCUCUGGCGAGACCUCGUUGAUGUCUCGACCCUCUGGAAACGCAAGAGUCUGCUGAAGGGUUUCAUCACUGAGGACUGGGACCAGCCCGUGGCCGACUGGAAGAUCUUCUUCUUUCUGUGCAGUCUCCGCAGGAACCUCCUGCGCAACCCGUGUGCUGAAGAGGGUAUGGCAUCGUGGCAAAUCAUCUCCAACGGGGGAGACCACUGGAGGGUAGAGAGCCUCCCUGGAGCGCAUGGGACAGACUUUCCGGACUCCAGAGUCAAGAAGUAUUUUGUCACGUCCUAUGACCUGUGCCUCAAGUCCCAGCUGGUGGACCUCAAAGCCGAGGGCUACUGGGAGGAGCUGCUGGACACGUUCCGGCCCGACAUCGUGGUGAAGGACUGGUUCGCCGCCAGAGCAGACUGUGGCUGCACCUACCGCAUCGGAGUACACCUGACUUCGGCCGACUACAUCACCUUGGCCUCCUUCGAGCCCCCGCCUGUGACCAUUGAGCAGUGGAAUGAUGCCAGGUGGACAGAGGUCUCCCACACCUUCUCAGACUACCCUCCAGGCGUCCGCCACAUCCUUUUCCAGCACGGGGGCCAGGACACCCAGUUCUGGGCAGGCUGGUACGGGCCCCGCGUCACCAACAGCAGCAUCAUCAUCAGCCAUAACAUGACUCGGACCCUGGCCCCCUCCACGGCUCAGCCGGAGGCCACGCAGGGGUAGGAGGAGGCUGCCCACUUGCCUGCCCCACUGGAUCUCCACAAGCCCUUCUGACAGUCUGUCAUCUGACAGCCAUUCAUCCAUCCUCAGGCCAGGCCAGCCGAGUGCAGAAGCUCCCCUCCAGGCAAGAGCUGAGCAUGUUGUGGGCAGUGAGGCCCCUGCCCCGGGAGCUCCUGCCCUAGUUCCAACCUUAGGCAAACCCACCAGUGUGUGGUAACUUACUGUCGUGUAGCUCUGACAUUUUGUCACAAGAAAUGUUUUCAGUAAAACCAGCCUGGGGCUGAGCUGGGGGGUGGUAGUCUGGGGGUCUUUGGCACUUCGGUAGAGAAGCAGCCCUCCCUCUCCAAUUACUGACAACCUAGCUCAGCCCUUGGGGCCCUUUUAUUGAAACAACUCACAGCACAGUACUUGGGACAGACAGAGUUGGCCGGCCAAACCCCAGGAGGCUGAGGCAUUGUGGUCCCACACCUUCCCUGCCCUCCUGGGGAGAAUCCCUCAGUGAAGGCAACCAGACCUGAGCAGCCCCGGGCUGGAGCAGGGCGGUCCACACACAGGCAGUAAGAGCACUUGCAGUCAGGGUGGCCCUGCAGCGCUGCCCUGGGCUGGGGCCCCUAACAUCCGACAGUCGUGGCAUCCAUGGGUGGCAGGCACACCCUCAGCUGCUUUUAUGAGCCCGCUCUUCCACGUAGAGCUGCAUCUGAUGGACAGGAACAAACAGCCAUGGUCAGACAGACAGCUCGGGCAUCUACUCUGGAGGGCCCUCGAGCCCCUGGCAGGCAGAUCUCCACCGAGGGUCGGGCUGUGUGGCCACAGCCAGGGGCUAAGGGAAAGGGGAAAUCGGCAAGGGGCUUACAGUAGGCAUACCUGGUCCUCUGCCGCAAGCCUUGAUACACAAGCCCUUCGGCAAGGCCUCAAACCCUAAAUAAAGCUUAACCUGGGCCCCAUGCAGCUCACCUUUAAAA